UUCAAUGUAUUCAUUGCGACAGUAGGUCCCAAAACUUAUAACAAGCACGAAAGCUCUGGAAGAACACGGGAAGAAAAACGUGCUAUCCCGAAUGUGGUAAGAUGGGACACGGUUGAAGUUGGAAAAAUCCCCUAUCGAUUCAAUCCCUCUUUGCUUCCUGACAUUAACCAACAUCUAUGUGCCGGAUGCCGAAUGGCCGUUCGAAAAUAUACAGCGGGAUCUAAAUCUGGGGUUUUCGUGCUUCUUGUACAGUUUUUACGAUAAUUUUCCACACUACCAUGCUAUUCCACCCUGACUUGCGCCUCGUACCUCCAACAUUUUCCACCAACGAGUCGCUGCAUAUCUGAUCUCGUGAAUAUAUUAGCGUGGUCUCUAGAUUAUAAACAAACACGUCAAAAAGUACCACGUGUUUAUGAAACAAAGUUCCCCACACGAGAUCGGGAGCUUACUCUCAUUCGGUAUUUGAUUUCCGGGUUCAGGGUUGAUGCUAAGCAUUUAAGCACUGGUAAGAUUGCGGUGUAUCCGACGCAAAAACAUGCACUUUUUAGUGCGAGGAGAGCAAUUUACGAUUAACAUAAGGGAUGUAUUGCUGCCUUUAUUGGGCGGAACAACAGUGUCCGUGGCUUUCGCUCUUUUAACCUAUCGCCAUUUGCUACCAUUUAUAACAUCAUCUCUUUCAGUCUUUCAUUAACUUGGCUCGCUGGGCUUUACAUUCGUUGCACUUAAUCACCAUGAAAUUCACUAUCCUAACUCUUGGAAGCGCGAUCGCCGCUACUAAUGCCGCUGUUCUGGGAGAGCGUGCUGCAUCGGCCGUCGUGGGCAAGCCGGAAGGUUUCGCCUCAGGAGCCACAGGUGGAGGUGGCGCUGCCUGUCAAGUACCCUCCAGUACUUCGCAGCUGAAGACGUGGUUGUCGGACAGUACCGCUCGUUGCAUUAUUCUUGACAAGGAGUUCAACUUCAAAGGUACCGAAGGCACGGUAACGGAGACUGGCUGCCGACCAGCAUCCAACAAGUGCCCCGGAAACGGUGGCCAGGAUGCUAUCAACCAUGCCAGCUGGUGCACAAACGGUAACGCUGGUGCUGGUUCAAUCAACAUCCAAGUAACCUAUGACAAGGCCGGUGUUAGCGGCCUCACUGUAGGCUCUAACAAAUCCAUCAUUGGUAGUGGAUCCAAGGGUGUUCUUCGUGGAAAGGGUCUCCGGAUCGCAAAUGGCGCCAAAAACGUCAUCAUCCAGAACAUCCACAUCACCGAUCUUAACCCACAGUACAUCUGGGGUGGUGAUGCCAUCACUGUCGAUGGAAGUGAUCUUGUGUGGGUUGAUCAUUGCAAGGUCUCCCUGAUCGGUCGACAGAUGUUUGUUGCUGGAAAUGGAGCGUCAAACCGUGUCACCCUCUCCAACAACGAGUUCGACGGAAGAUCGAGCUGGUCUGCCACAUGUGACGGGCGACACUACUGGGGUAUCUACCUCACCGGCUCCCAAGAUCUCAUCACCAUGAAGAACAACUACAUCCACCACACCAGCGGACGUAGCCCUAAGAUUGGUGGUAACAGCUUGGUCCACGCAGUCAACAACAUGUUUCACGACAACACAGGCCAUGCCUUCGACAACGACAAAGGAGGUAUGGUGGUGGCGGAAGGCAACGUCUUCCAAAACGUCAAAACACCGUUAUUGACUAACGCGGGCCAAUUCUUCGGUUCUCCGUCUACUUCAGCGAACGCGGUGUGCAGCGCGAGCCUGGGACAUGCUUGCCAACUAAACGCAUUUGGCAGCAGUGGCAGUCUCGGUGGAACCGAUACGGGCUUCAUGUCUAACUUCCAGGGCAAGUCGAUUGCCAGCGCGAGCACCGCAAAUGCAGGAUCGAUCCAGAAUGCUGCUGGAUUUGGCAAGAUCUAAAUUGACCAGAUCGCGUGAAACUCGAUUGCGUCGACAGCAUUUGUAUAUAUUUUUUACUUCUCAUCCUCCUCAUUUUUUUCUGCUAUCGUUGCAGUGCCGAGCCCAAGUUCAGAAACUUUCAGUCGCAACACCUAU